AUGGGCAAGUUUAACAUCAUAAAGGAAACAAGCCAAGAUUCAUCCCCACACCUGGGUGCUCAUCUCAUUGACCAAGAGCAAGAUGAUUUCUGCAUUCCAAAACCAGCACAUGAGGCAGGCAAGAUUUGUGUGCUUGAGUCUGCUCAACAACAGGCAGCCAAUAUCCCAAUCUUAGAAGAGCAGAUUAUAAAUUUGGAAGCAGAAGUUUCGGCUCAAGAUAAAGUUUUGAGAGAGGCAGAAGAUAAAUUAGAGCAGAGCCAGAAAAUGGUGAUUGAAAAAGAACAGAGUUUGCAAGAGUCCAAAGAGGAAUGUAUAAAGCUGAAGGUAGACUUACUUGAACAAAGUAAACAAGGAAAAAGAGCUGAACGACAAAGAAAUGAAGCACUAUAUAAUGCUGAAGAGCUGAGUAAAGCUUUCCAACAAUAUAAAGAAAAAGUGGCUGAAAAACUGGAGAAGGUUCAAGCUGAAGAAGAAAUGUUAGAGAAAAAUCUAGUUAACUGUGAAAAAGAAAAUAAAAGGCUACAAGAAAAAUGUGACCUGUAUAAAAGUGAACUUGACAUUCUGAGGGAGAAAUUAAGGCAGUUAAAAGAAGAACAUAACAAUGGAAAAGAAAAAUUAAGGAUCAUGGCAGUGAGAAACUCAGAAGUCAUGUCACAAUUGACUGAAUCUAGGCAAAGUAUAUUAAAGUUAGAAAGUGAGUUAGAGGACAAAGAGGAAAUACUGAGAGAAAAGUUUUCUCUAAUGGACGAAAAUCGAGAAUUGAAGGUCCGAGUUGCAACACAGAAUGAACGACUGGAUUUGUGUCAGCAGGAAAUUGAAAACUCAAGGGUAGAACUGAGAAGUUUGGAAAAAAUGAUAUCCCAGUUACCAAAUGGCAUACAACUGGCCUGGAGGUAUAGCUUCAUGGUAGAACAUUUACCCAUCAUGUACAAGGUCCUCUGUUUGAUCCCUAGCACUGCAAAGAUUAAGGUUGCAAUAAAAGAGGCAGAAAUUCAGAAGCUUCAUGCAAAUCUGACUGCAAAUCAGUUAUCUCAAAAUCUGACCGCUUCUAAAGAUCACCAAGAAAGUAGUAAAUUAAAUACUUUAGAAGCAGAACCUAUAAAUCUAGGUGGUAAUCGAGUAGUAGAGAGAAUAAAAGAUCGAAGUCAACAUACCGUGAAUAAGCAGUAUGAAAGAGAGAGGCAAAAACUUGCUACUGGAAUAGAGGAGCUCCGUACUAAACUGAUACAAAUAGAAGCUGAGAAUUCUGAUUUGAAGGUUAACAUGGCUCACAGAACUAGUCAAUUUCAGCUGAUUCAAGAGGAACUACUAGAGAAAGCUUCGAACUCUAGUAAACUCGAAAGUGAAAUGACAAAGAAAUGUUCUCAACUUUUAACACUAGAGAAACAGCUAGAAGAUAAAAUAGUUGCUUAUUCCUCCAUUGCUGCAAAAAAUGCGGAACUUGAACAGGAGCUUAUGGUAAAGAAAAAACGACACAGCAAAGGUAGUGGCAAGAACUAUAAUGAGAAUCGUAUUUCUUCUGAAUCAGUCUCUUACAUCUGUGCAUAUGUUAUGCUUGAAGCUCAACUGGAGAAAAAAGACCAACAAUUUAAAGAGCAAGAAAAGACUAUGUCCAUGUUACAGCAAGAUAUAAUGUGUAAACAGCAUCAUCUUGAGUCACUAGAUAGACUUCUGACAGAAAGCAAAGUGGUCAGACAAUUAGAUUCAGCAUUAGAAAUUUGUAAGGAAGAACUUGCCUUGCAUUUGAAUCAGUUGGAAGGUAAUAAGGAAAAGUUUGAAAAACAAUUAAAGAAAAAAUCUGAAGAGCAUACUCUUCAGCAGCAGCAGCAGAUGUUACAACAGGAAACAAUUAGAAAUGGAGAGCUAGAAGAUAUUCAGACUAAACUUGAAAAACAGGUAUCAAAGUUGGAACAAGAACUUCAAAAGCAAAGGGAAAGUUCAGCUGAAAAGUUGAGAAAGGUGGAGGAAAAAUGUGAAGCAGCUGUACAUGAUGCCGAUUUGAAAAGGCAAAAAAUUAUUGAGCUUACUGGUACUUCUAGGCAAAUAAAACUGGAGAUGGAUCAUUAUAAAGAAGAACUGUCUAAAAUGGAAAAAGAAAUAAUGCAUCUUAAACGAGACGGAGAAAAUAAAGCAAUGCAUCUCUCUCAAUUAGAUAUGAUCUUAGAUCAGACAAAGACAGAACUAGAAAAGAAAACAAGUGCUGUGAAGGACUUAGAGAAGCUACAGCAGCACUCAGAAAAUGAGCUGACAGAGACCCUGCAGAAACGAGAAGCCCUGGAGAGUGAGCUACAAAAUGCUCACAGGGAGCUGAAAAGUACUUUAAGACAACUGCAGGAAUUGAGAGACGUGCUACAGAAGGCCCAGUUAUCCUUGGAGGAAAAAUAUACAACUAUAAAGGAUCUCACAGCUGAACUUCGAGAUUGCAAGAUGGAGGUUGAAGACAAAAAACAAGAACUCCUUGAAAUGGAUCAGGCACUUAAGGAGCGAAAUUGGGAACUAAAGCAAAGAGCAGCUCAGGUUACACAUUUGGAUAUGACUAUUCGUGAACACAGAGGAGAAAUGGAACAAAAAAUAAUUAAAUUAGAGGGUACUCUGGAGAAAUCACAGCUGGAACUUAAAGAGUGCAACAAACAGAUAGAAAGUUUAAAUGAGAAAUUGCAAAACGCCAAAGAACAGCUUCGAGAGAAAGAGUUUAUAAUGCUGCAAAAUGAGCAGGAGAUAGGUCAACUGAAAAAGGAAGCUGAAAGAACACAACAAAGGGUAAAAGAAAUUGAAAAGGUUAUGAAAGAGCAGGAACAGUACAUUGCUACACAGUACAAGGAGGCCAGAGAUUUGGGACAAGAAUUGAGGCUAACCCAGGAGCAGUUGCAGAACGCUCACACAGAAAUGGUGGAGGCUCAUCAUCAACAAGUCCAAGCACAAAGAGAAAUAGAAAGGCUCACCAGUGAACUAGAUGAUAUAAAACAACUUUCUAAAGAGAAAGAAGCUCACAGAAAUCAUUUAGCUGAAGAAUUAGGGGCGUCUCAAGUACGUGAAGCUCAUUUAGAAGCAAGAAUGCAAGCAGAAAUCAAGAAAUUGUCAGCAGAAGUAGAAUCGCUCAAAGAAGCUUAUCAUAUGGAGAUGAUUUCACAUCAAGAGAACCAUGCUAAAUGGGAGAUUUCUGCUGACUCUCAAAAGACUUCUGUUCAGCAGCUAAAUGAACAGUUAGAGAAGGCAAAACUGGAGUUAGAAGAAGCUCAGGACACUGUAAGCAAUUUACAUCAACAAGUUCAAGACAGGAAUGAAGUAAUUGAAGCUGCAAAUGAAGCAUUACUUAUUAAAGAAUCAGAGUUAACCAAAUUACAAGCUAAAAUUUCUGGACAUGAAAAGGCAGAAGAUGGCAAGUUUCUAUUAGUCCCAGUUACACCUUUAAAACAAACUAUGCCUGAUACUCAAGAUCCAGAGUUUGCUGAACAUUCUUACGCAUCUCUUUUCAAGUGCAGAAAACUCCGUCGUUCUAUUAGUGCCAGUGACCUUAGUUUCAAAACUCGUGGUAAUGAAGAUCUUUCUGAAGAAUUACUACAGGACUUUAAAAAAAUGCAAUUAAAUCAGCCUUCAACAUUAGAAGAAAGCCAAUCAGACUCAUUUAAACCUCUCAUAUAUAACCUAGAAGAUGAUCGUUCUGAGAGUAAUGACUUUAGUACUCUUAGUGGAAUGCUAAGGUACAUUAACAAAGAAGUUAGACUAUUUAAAAAGUCUUCUAUACCAACAGGUGCUGGUUUAACUCAGAGUAGAGCUUCUCAACUUGUACUUAAAUGA